AUGUUCUUCCACGGAUUUCACUCGAAUUGGCAAAAAAUCAUUCUCUUCAAAAUGCAUUUUAUCUAUUUCGCCUUUUUCUUCUUCCAAUUGAGCAACAUUCAAAUUACUACGGAGCAAACGGAACUGUUGGAUUUACCAGUGCCAAAAGUGACUGAGGAACGGAAUGUACCAAUAGAUUUGCCAGUGCAAGGAGUAAGUGGAGGAAUAGGAAGAUGGUGGGUAUUAGCCAACGAAGGGUCUAAAAGAUAUAGAGAAUUCAUGAAUUUAACAGUCGAAAAGGAGAGCGUUGUACAAGAAAGUACCAGAAAAAGGAAUGAAUCACAGUAUAAAUUGUCAAAAAUGAGGCAGAAGUUUUGCCCAAUUAUGCAGUAUGAUCAACCAUAUAGAGACUCAUACCGAUAUGAAAUCGUACAGUUGUUCGAUAUGCCAGAAAAGUUUCAAAACAAAAGGUAG